AUGUUGACAGCAGCUAAUAGUAUUGACAGGACGUGGAUGUGUUCUGGAGGAACAACAAUCAUCAGACUCAGGAAAGGAAAUGACUCCAUAAAAUGGACACGAGACCCGAAUAUCAGCUGGCUGAUUGACAGUUUCCUUACAUGGACUAGUGAUCCACCACGAAGUUCCAGCACUAUCGUUUCUGACUCUGUGACCGACUGUCGCCUCCUGGUACUAUUGCUGAACAUCGCCAGCAGACUGCAGGACGAUGGUAGGGUGGACGUCAUCAACAACAUGCGACAACUGUACACACGUCUUGGAGGACCGCCAUUCACUGAGGCUGACGUGACGUUCUGCCUUGAGUCUGCCCAGCGGCGGCUUGUGUCAAGUAAUGUUUACGCCAACUUCUGACAGCUUCCAAAACUGAACAUCGCUUCAUGUGACAUUACAGUUUCACCCAUACACACAUGGCUGUGGAGAAAACGUGUGGACUGUGAACCAUUCAUAUAAUUAUUAGCACAUGUUGUAUAUACUGGUGGAUGUUACACUAUGAUAUGUUUGUGUACCAAAUUACCACAUAUGCUACGAAAGCACAGUGGAAAUCGUCUGAGUUGUCAUACUUAUGACUCUGGACCUAUUGUGGUAUUAUAAAGUUCAAUUCACGUGAUACUUCCUCACAGUAAUAUAACCGAACGUCUUCUCAACAUGUUGUAGUGAGUGAGUAUGGUUUUACGCCGCUUUUAGCAAUAUUCCAGCAAUAUCACGGCGGGGGA